ACAGCGAUAACGAGAAUAUCUGCGAUUCAACAGAGUCACCCUCAUUUGAACCGGCCUAUAAUCUUCAACGAAACACAGCCCACUCUCAAUUCGACCAAAUUCAAGCCUGAAGGCCAUUUCAGCGACCAUGGGAUACACAGUUUUGCGCCGAGAAUGGCGGUCCAUGAAGGCAAUGUGGAUCGUGAUGUUGGCAGAGCUGGCAUGCACUGUCGCACUGCUAGUAUUGUUCGGUAUAGCACAACCAGAUCUCUAUCGCACACAGCUUUGGCGCGCCGGCAACGAUCUCGGGUUCAACUCGAGUCCUAACAUUCUUCUCUACGCCUACGCAAAUCACGUCCCACUACCGACCAUCCCCUUCGUGUGGUCAUCAACGUUGACAAACUUCAAUGUCGCGAUAUCGGUGAUCAGUCUCUUCGUGCUAAUCGCAAAGACGAUCGGUGUCAUCAUGCACGUGUGGUUCCCGGUCAUCGCUCUCUUCUUCAACGUCGCCCUCACGGCGCUCUACACCACCAGCGUAUACGGACAAAUGGGACCCGAUCAUGCGGAUCCAAACCAUCCCAGCCCGAUCGCGUGGUAUAUCGCCAAGCCCUGCACUGUCGCCGCCAACCAGAGCGUGCAAAAGUCGUGCAGGACGGCCCAGGGCACGUAUGCCGCGACCGUCAUUUUUCUUGCUGUAUAUGUGGUGAAUCUGGGCUUGAAUAUCUGGACAAUGCUGCCGACCGAGGCCGACAAGAGCGGCAAGGAUGUUGACACGGACGAGGAGUCGAACUCGUCGUCAAGCGGGAGGAGAAAUGACAAGUGGGAGAUGCAUGGCAUUCCACCCACGCCGAGGACGGCGACAAUGCCGUUUACGCCACGCACUAUGGCAUUCAAUACGCUAGACAGGAAGAUGCCCACAAGAACUACAGAGAGGGAACUUCCCUUCAGGUCACAAUAUUCUUGAGAGAUGCUCUUAAAUUGUCGGUAUAACUGAUAGGAACGUCUGGAGAUACGAAGGGGCUAUUAAAUGGAUGAAGAAGUGUUUCAUUUGCAGGUAACUAUUUUCUUACUUGGAGCGGAGUGUGCAGAUACCAUACCAUACCGACAGGAGAACUCGGCAAUCACGUUUCCAGCCAGAGCACAGAUUGAAUAUCUUGUGUUGUCUGUGCAAUGAGGUGUUCGGAACACAUCAGUUCUUAAAUGUAUAAUACAAAUCGAGACAAAUCGUGCAACUCUGUUUAAUGGGUUCGGAUGCACAAGAACCCAAAUGCAUAAUGUUUAUCGAGAGUCAAGGAAGGAAACAUG